CAUAGAUUUCACGUCUCUUAAAUCUCCCCCCCACCCCCUUGAUUUCAGCCAUCAGUUUCUUGAAUUUCCGAUUACAGACAUGGAGCAGCGUACGUUAGAAAUCAAUGUUAUGUCCGCGAAAGAUCUCAACAAAGUGAAUCUGAUUUCCAAGAUGGAUGUGUACGUCGUCGUUUCGAUCUCCGGCGGGGAUGAGAAGUCAAAUCAGAAGGCCAAAACCCCCGUUGACCGUUUGGGCGACACCAAUCCGUCCUGGAAUUCUCCGAUGAGGUUUACCAUCGACGAGGCGGCCGCGCGCCAGAACCGGCUGAAUCUCCUGUUCAAGGUCCGCUGCGACCGCGCUCUCGGCGAUAAGGAUAUUGGGGAAGUUUGGGUUCCGAUUAAGGAGCUUCUUGAUUCUCCGGCGACCGGCGGGAGUGGCAAGCAGUUCGUGAGUUAUCAGGUGAGGAAACCGUCCGGGAAGCCCAAGGGACAGUUGACGUUUUCUUAUCAGUUUGGCGAGAAAAUUAGUGGCGGCGCUGCGGCGGCGGUGACGGCGGCGCCGGUGGCGGCUCAUAAGGUGGAUGAGCCCGUAAAAACUUAUCCUCCGGUUGGACCGGCGUUCAGUUCAGGUCCCGGUCCAUAUUAUCAGUUUGGGGAGAAAAUUAGUGGCGGCGCUACGGCUGCUGCGGCUCAUAAGGUGGAUGAGCCCGUAAAAACUCAUCCUCCGGUUGGACCGGCGUUCGGUUCCGGUUCCGGUUCAUUUUAUCCGCCUCCUGAACCGGUGACUGCCUACCCGGUAGUUGGAUCUAGUUCAGGAUACGCGCCGCCGCCGCCGCCGCGUGAUGUGCCAGUAGUCGGCGGUGCAUACCCACCGCCGGGGUAUCCUCCACAGGGUGGCCCACCUCCGCCGCCAGGAGGAUAUGGUCCACCGCCGACAGCAUAUCCUCCGGCCGGGUAUGGAUACCCACCGCCUCCACAAGCCGGGUACGGGUACCCGCCGCCUCCACAAGCUGGGUACGGGUACCCGCCGCAACCCGGGUACGGAUAUCCACCGGUGCAACAGCCGGCGAAGAAGAAUAAAUUCGGAUUAGGAUUGGGGGCGGGGCUUCUCGGCGGUGCCAUCGGCGGUAUGCUGAUCGGAGAUGCAAUUUCUGAUUCCGCUGCUUAUGAUGCCGGAUACUCCGAUGGAUUUGAUUCUGGGUUUGAUUUCUGAUCGGCGAUAACACUGUCACUUUGAGUAUCUUUCAUUUUACAUAAUUUCACCAUCCUGUGUAUUCCAAAAUUGCAAUAUAAUCCAAGUUUUUUUUUUUCUUUUA